AUGGCGGCUUCUUUGCAGUUCAGUGCAAGAUUCUUCAAACCCCAACACUUCCAAUCCAAACACUCCGCAAGACCAGCUGUAAUCCGCUGCUCCGCCACCACAACCACAAAACGAUACACCAUCACUUUACUUCCAGGCGAUGGAAUUGGCCCCGAAGUCAUCGCUGUCGCAAAAAAUGCCCUCAAACUCGUUGGCUCGCUCGAAGGGAUUGAAUUUGAGUUCAAGGAAAUGCCUGUGGGUGGAGCCGCCUUGGAUUUGACCGGAGUUCCGUUACCAGAGGAGACCCUUUCUGCGGCGAAGCAAUCGGAUGCAGUUCUACUUGGAGCAAUUGGAGGGUAUAAAUGGGAUAAUAAUGAAAAACAUUUGAAGCCCGAAACUGGAUUGCUUCAGCUUCGGGAAGGUCUUAAGGUCUUCGCAAAUUUGAGGCCAGCUUCUGUUCUACCACAGUUAGUUGAUGCUUCAACUUUGAAGAAAGAGGUUGCCGAAGGUGUUGACCUAAUGGUUGUAAGGGAGCUUACUGGAGGUAUUUAUUUUGGAAAACCGAGGGGUUUUAGCAUGAGUGAAAAUGGUGAGGAGAUUGGUUUCAACACUGAGGUGUAUGCAGCCUAUGAGGUAGUCUCUGAUACCACUUAUGACUUUUGCUAA